AUGCAUGAAACAUCUGAAGAUCAUAUAAUGUCAUCUAUUAAACACAGUUACAAAGAAGCAUCAUUCCCACUUAUUCCAUCUAUCACAGAAAAAUUGAAUGCUGACAUAUGUCUUAAUAAGGAAAUAAUAAGUCAUCUGAUUGAUCUAACCUUAUUUUUGGGUAGACAUUGUCUAUCUUUCAGAGGUUAUCGAGAAGGUUGGAAUGAAGAAAUACGUGGUAAAUUUAAAGAUCUAGUAGUUUUAUUGGCCAAGUACUCUCCUGUAUUAGCAUCUCAUAUUACUGAAAUCCAAAUCCAAGGUAGAAAAGUAAAUAAUUUUCUUUCGUGGCAGCGUCAAAAUCAGUUAAUUAAAGCCAUUUUAACAAAUAUAUUAAAUGCUAUUAAAAAAGAACUAAUUGAAGCUAAAUUUUUUAGUAUUUCUUUAGACACUACUUUUGAUGUUUCUCGAAAAGAACAAGUUUCAUUUAUAUUUAGGUAUAUUAAUAAAAAUACUUGUAUUGUGCAUGAACGUUUAGUAGCUGUCAAAGAAACCAUUUGUACAACAGGUCUACAUUUAUUUGAUAUGUUUGAAACAAUAUGUCAAGAAAUGUCUAUAAAUUGA